UCUAUUUUUCUCCGGGUGGAAAAAGAGAAUAACUCAAGACCGCGACGUCAUUGGCCCUUGGGUCGCCUUGGGACCGCCUGGUUUUGCUCAUCGAAGACUCUAAAUUGUGCUUCUCACCAACGGACAAAAGGGCUUGACUAGAUCACACUAACUCAUCAUAUGCGCAGUUUGUGGAGCACGUACAAGCGCCCGUUGAUGGGCCCUGGGGGUCUAGCCCACCGCUUCCGCCCAAGGAUCUCACUCCUGAUCCUUGAGUCCUCCUGAGGCGGGGGUAAGCAUUAUAAAACAGCGGCGCCUCGCCCGUAUAUUUCCUACCUAAAACCACCUCAUGGAACUCUGCCUGCGAAACAAUGACCCCACGCAAACCCUGCUCAUGACCCCGGACGGCAUAGUUAUGUACCAGGUCAACUCUGCACUGGGACAAACUACCACGAUAUACCGUUUCGAGACCCACCCUCGGCUCUUGAGCACUGGGCGGGUAUCUUGCGUCGUUGGCGAAGUCGAUAGUAGCCGAUUGAGGCUACUCGAUAGCGAGAGCCCGAUAGAAAUUGUAAUGGUUUCUGGCGCGGAAGAUACCGAAAAUGUCGACAGACCCUGGACCUUUAAUGGACCAGACGACAAGCCGUACACAUGGCAAAUUAUGUUUCGUUCUCCGGUGCUUUUCGUAUCUGGCAAUGCACCCAUUCCUUUAGCACGAUAUAGACAUGCAAAACUCGGUAUCAUAUCACGAUCAAGACGAGCUUUCCUCGAAAUAUUCCCCGCUGGAAUCAAUGUCAUCGAUCUCAUCGUCGUUACAUUCGUCUCGUAUGCGAAGCAUCACUGGCUGGACGAACCCCACCAUGAGUCGACUGCGUCGGCAGUCUAGUCCCACAAGUGAACCUGUGUGAAGUUUCCAGCUGAUGAUAUAGCACGCGAAGGAUAGGAUCAUGCUUCUCCGAGUGGGCUUUUGUACAUUAUACCUGACCUGGCCUGAUAAGACACUCCGAAUAUUAUUCUGACCAAUUCCAAGCACUGCAGACUUGUGAGAGCUGUGCGUGGAGCGCGUUAUUUAUGUGCGAUUUUGUUCAUUGCGUGCAAGGUCGUUCAUAAAUACCGUCGGUCUGAUCACAAGAGUGUAAACUUUCGCAUGAGUGGUAUUUCCCCUGCCAAUCUCACUCUAUAGACGAUGUUGAUUCAUCCUUGAUAUCUUAUGUAUUGGAAAUUGAA